UUUGUUUACACUGUUGACAGCUUCGAAGAAAUACUUCAUUGUUGAUUUUAAUAAAAUCAUAUCAUGAAUGUAGAAGCAGCGGAAAAAGAGGAAAAACUGAGAGAAUCCGCAUGUAUCGGAGAUUUAGACCAAGUCAUAAAAUUGGUUGAACACGACCACGUGAAUGUUAAUUCCCAAAAUAACAUCAACGGAUGGACAGCACUACACUGGGCGUGCAAGCGGAACCACAUCGACAUUGUAAAGUACCUUCUUGCUCAUGGUGCGGACAAUGCCAUCCAGAACACUAACAAGGAGCUGGCAGCACAGCUGACUAACACAGCAGAAAUCAGACACAUUCUUGACUAUUCCGGUGGUGUGUCGGAGGCUCCAUCUUUUGCCAUUACCCCCAGUUACCUGAAGUUCCCUGUUUUUCCAUAUGCCAGCAGAGACCCGGUACCACCUGCAAUUGAUUCUCAACACCAUGCCCCAGCCCUCGUUAAUGGGCACACUGGACCAACACUGCGUUCGGACCCAAAUGAGCUUGUGCUGAAAGCAAGAGUGGCAUAUUUGACAGACAGAGACUUUAUAGAGGUGGAAUUGAGCCGACAGACCCUGACAUUUGAAGCAUUAUUGACCAUGCUGACACGGGAGCUCGGUGUGGACCGGAGUCUCGUCCACAAGAUACGCAAGCUGCCCGACACGGUGUUAAGGAAGGACAAGGAUGUGGCUAGGCUCGUUGACUUCCAGGAAGUAGAGCUGGUUUUAACAAACAGGGCCAUGUCAUCCAGCUCACGUGGAUACGCCAGCGAUCUCAGUGACAGCUUCAAACAUGAACAAAUCCUGUACUAAUUAAGUCUAUUGUAAUUCCAAAUUUAUUUAUUGUUGUGAUUUUAAUUUAUUAUUCCGUAGACUAUUACUCUGUUUGAGGUAAGUGAUAAAGCCUCAAGCUUCAUGGACCAAUAUUAAUUAGAAUACAACCUACAUUUACAGCCAAUGAAAUUGCAGAUAGGCAAUCAUUAAGUACUAGGUUAUUUAUUAAGAAUUUCAACUUUCACAGGUGUUAAAAAGUCUGCCUACUGCCGAACAUCUGAUUCACAGUGUGUCAGAUUUUGUGUUGACAAUGUGUCAGCCAAUGAGGUUGUAUUCUAUGUCAGUUAGAUGACUUGCAUUAAAUUCUUAAUGAUUAAGAAGGGCUUGUUAGCUCAGCUCCAUCUGUCCAUUCUUAAUCAUUAAGCUUUGAAUUCAUGUCAUCUAACUAUUACUCAAGGACAGCUAUAGAUUCUAUGAUCUCGACGGCCAUCACGUCUUCCUUUUGGAAAACAUUAAAUGUUGUAUUCCUGCAAUAAAACACCUAUGAAACUGUUAAUAUAAGGAUGCUUUAAACUUGAACAAAUAGAGGCUGAGCUUGUCAUUUGUAUUAUGUUUUAGAUAGAUGUGAGAUAUUAGAUGUAGAAUGGAUAUUCAUUGUACAUGUAGGUGGUUUAACCUUAUUCUCUUUUCAUCAUAUGGGAGUAUUAGUUUUCAUACAGUACUAAUUUUAGAAAAUUGAGUAGUAAUGGAAUGGGAGCCUGUGUGUUGUUGGUUAUAUAAGGGGCUAUAUUUUUUUCUGGCUUUGAAAUUAAUGGAUGCAUGAACUUUUAUUUCCUCCAUUAAAUGAAGAGCUAUUUUGAUGUUUAUAGGCGUAAUAUGUCUGGAAGUUAGUUGUUCCCAGCUUGUGUUUCCAGCUUGCAUACAUGAACAUUCACACUCCAUACUAAGUGCUAACAUCUGUAGCUGUGAAUAAAUAUAUACUAGCAAAUCAUUGGUGAAGUGGCUUUAAAAGCUCCAAAUGUUCUAUUAACUCUUGGCUCUUUACUCUGCAAUGGUCACCUGGGCAAUUGUUUUCAAUCAUCUUGAUUUUAUUACCAGGCAUGUGACUUAUGUGAAAUUACAAAAAUAUGGAAAAAAACUAAAAAGGCAUUUUCUAGCAUUUUGAACAUUGCUAUGAUAGCUGGUUACUCCGCAUUUAUACAUGUUUUGACAGUCAUCAAACCCUCAUUUUUUGAAAAAUUCAGGUGUAUCCCAUGCCAUCUUUUUAAAAUUGUGCCAUAAAUGGACUGUGUACAUGUAUGUUUUAUGAUACUAAUUUGUCUUUAGUAUUACUUGUCGAGAAAUAAAAAUCAAACACAC